AUGGCGACUUACACGUCGGUCCGCAGGUCCUCGACCUCCUCCGCAGGAUCGGACACGGCCGCAGCAGGAUCAGGAGUGGCAGCUGCCAGCAGAGAUGACACAAACACAAAAGAGACGACGGGGGCAUCCUCGUUCGCAGCGGCCAUGUCCGUGUCGGCCUCGUCUUCGUCGCGGCCGAGUAUAUCUCCCAUCACCGCGACCCCGAGCCCCCUCAACUUCCUGUCGCUUGCCGAGACGAGUUUUACGCCUUUGUCGAUGGACAGCGACCUGUUUUCCGAUCGAGAUUUCAGCGGCAGCAUCAACAGUACGACGAAUUGGAAGAGCGACAGCCCGAGUCCUGAUAAGCAGCGGUCGACGACAUUACAGCCCACUUCUGGAAAGGGGGCGCCGUCCAACGCGACAACGACGACAGAAUCAGGUAUGAGUUUGAGCGACGACGGGGCGGAAUCGACCAUGCGAGCACCACAUGCGCCUGCGUCAGCAUCGUCAGCAGCGGAUGCUGUUGCGGCGCUGGCAAUGUCGCCAGAGAAGGAAGAACAUGUCUCGGGUGCACGCGAGCUGGAUGUAACGAUGCAAAGCCCCCGCCAACCCGGCCAGGGACGGCGCCAGGAACAGGAACAGGAACAGGAACAGGAACAGGAACAGGAACAGGAAAUGGCCAGGAAUGUUGGCCUCGGCAGGGGAACAGCAGCAGCAGCAGAGGGAGAGAAUAAGGGAGAGGGAGAAACAGAGUUGGACGACCAACAGGAGGCAAUCUCGCGUAUGAACCCGCGCCAGCGCCAUGCCGGGUCGACGCCGCUGUCCCUCGAUCCGCUGCAGGUGGCCAGGGGCAGCAGUGCCGCUACAGACACCAGUAGCGCCGCUACAACCAACACGAACUCUCGCAGCAGCAGCCCCAGCGCCGCCUCUCAAUUCUCCCCUAAAUCCCACCUGCAGUCCCAGCAGGCCCAACCCCAGUCACCACCGCGGUCGCUCCGCCAGUCGAAUUCUUCCGUUUCUUCUCCUCCUGUCCAGCACAUCGCCCCCCUGGCCCUGCGAACAAAAAAUAUCGGCGACAAUAAUAACAUCAACAUCAACACGACUGCCCCGAAUACGAGUUCCAUCACGAGCCCGCUUUCAGCUGCCUCCGCUGCGUCGGCUCUCACCGCCCCAGCUGCCUUUACCCGCCAAAUCUCCACCUCGUCGCUGCGAUCCAACAGCAGCCUCAUCUCCCAGAUCCAGGACAGCUUGCAGCAGCAGCAGCAGCAACAGCAACACCAGUCCCCCAGCCGCUACCGUCACCACCACCACUCCUCCUCGUCGGGUUCCAACAUCGUCCAACCCGUCCCCAAACCAAUCGUCCGUACGACCUCCGACUCCAACACCUUCAUCCUCAAACACCCCGUCCCCGAUCUCAACUGCCGCUCCGGCGCCUACGUCGGCAACGUCGCCGCCCUCGAGAAGACGGCCGAGCGCCUGUCCAUGACCAGCUCCAUCGAGGACGCCAUCCGCGACCUGCAUGGGGAACUGAAACGCUCCGACUCCCGCCGCUCCUCCAUCCUCGCCGCCUCCGUCGCCGCAUCCCAGUCCCCGAUCGACGACGCCGCCGCCCAGCCCGGCCCCCUGCGCGUCAUCCCUCCCGUCGCCUCCAUCGUCGAGCUCAACAACGCCGCCCGCCACGGCGGCUACUCCCCCAGCGGCUACGUCAUGUCGCCCAAUCACUCCCUCACCGGCCGCCUGCGCUCCGGGUCCAAGAACUCGGCGAGCGGGAGGCCGGAGAUUGACGUCGACGCCGUCAUGUCGCGUCACGGCCCCGGCAAGGGGUCCACGCGGAGCGCGAGGUCGGGCAUGUCUGGGAAGCCCUCUCUGGCUGAGAUUGCAGAGUCAGAGCCUGUUGCAUUGACGCAGCGGGCGCUGGAUGAUGCUGAUCGGGCGCCGUUGGCCGACGAUGAUGCCACUAUCCGACGGCCGAAUACGCAUUACGAAGAGAACGGCGACAGCACCUCGUACACUGUCGGCGGGCACCUGGAUCCGGAGCAGUCCGGCUUGGGUUUGGACUUUGGUGGUGACAACGGAAGACACUUUGAGGACAGGCCAGCGACACCCAGAUCGACGGCUACCUUUGACCACAAGAACGCCUUCGAUGACUUUGAUGGCGUGCACUGCCAACCAGAUCAGUACUCCGAGCGCGGCGGCUGGGAUUCUCGCGAGCAGAGCGAUGGCGAGUACAACGACAUGCCGCCGCCGCAGCCCAAGACCAUGCCGAUGCCUGACAUUACUGAGCCGCCGUUUGAACCCCAACCGCGGCCUAUGCCCCGUCCCCCCAAGGCUACCCAGGUCAGGCCGCAAUCGUACUUUGACGAGCUCACUGGGCAGGAGAUGCUGUACUAUCCGGCCCGCGUGCCGGCGAUGCUCAACCUGCCCCCCAAGUUGUCUAGAAAGCCCAAGACCAAUGUCCGGAACGCAAGACACUCCAAGGUCUUGCAGGCUAUGGGGCACCCUGGCUUUGGCAAGGCCGAGUACCUGCCUCAAGACCCCGAGGCCCCUGCUGUGAGAGAGUCCAAGAUGUGGCUACCCGACCCGCUUGCCGGGCAUGGUGCGACGACGCUGGGCGAGGACAUUGACGGGCAGAGAUCUGGUGGCACGUCGAUCAAGGAGUCUACUGCUGGCGUCGACUCUCACGUGCCUGCCGAGCAAAGGGAUGGACUGCUGGCUGGUGAACAGGAGGAGAUGCCCAUGGCGCCUCCGCCAACGCAGCGCCGCAAGUCCAAGAUGCCCAGGGCUGCAGAUCUGCCACCACAGCUGCGCGCCAGCGCCUUCUUUGACCUACCAUCUACGACACCGCAGAUAGAGAUGAAGGAUGGCUCGGCCAUGGCUACUCUGGACAGCAUUCUCGACGCCUCCGCGAAUGCUCCCGUCAGCGCCUUCACGGACCACGCUUUCGCCGGCAAGCUCGGCUCUGAGGUGUACGGUCCUGAUGGCAAGAAGAACCGUCGCAAGUCUGCCGCGCCCGGGGCUCUGCUGCCCGAAGAGCACAUUGCGGCGUCGCAGAAGAAGAAGAAGGGCAUCCUGCCUUUCGGCAAGAAGUCUGCUGAUACGUCUAGGGCCAAUUCCAUGGCUCAAGACGAUGAGGGCAAGGCCUUAUCCGAGAACGUCGACGCCGAGUCGAAGAAGUCUGGUGAAGAGUCUGAGGAAGAGGAAGAGGACGAGUUUGCUCAUGUCCUCGACGGACCCCCGACGACGCUGCUCGCCGAGCUUCAGUUGCGAAAGUACAACCAAAAGCUGCGCACGCAGAUGCCGAACAGCGCACUGGCUGGCGGCAUGCACUCCACGCUCCUCGAACUCGACGCUGUCGCCGAGGCGCAGAAGAGGCAUCGUGAGAAGAAGAAGAUUGCGCUUGCCUGGGAGGAUGGCGCCAACGACGAAAAGGAGGACUCCGACGAUGAUGAGGUGCCUUUGGGUGUCUUGUACGCCAACCAGGGUGUCGUCGCAGACGUCAACCGUCCCCUAGGUCUAAUGGAGCAGCGUGAGAGGGAGGAGAACGAGCCUUUGAGCUCUCGUCGCGCUCGUCUUACGGGACAGCCUGAACCACCAAGAACUCUCCGGCCACAAAGGAGUGCCAUGACUCUCAACGCUGGUUUGAGCCAACUUCGCCUCAACCACGUGCCCUCUUCUGAGCGCGUGAGGCCUCAAGAGGAGUCGGAAGAUGAUGAGCCUGGUGAGACUCUGGGCGAGCGCAUGCGGCGUCUUCGGGCCAAGGAUGAGGCCGAUCACAACAACCUGCCCAAGGCCCGCCCUGUUAGUCGCGCUUUCUCUGCCGAGAUUCUUAAUCAGUUCGGCGAGCCUGAGGAGAAGAAGGACGAAGACAAGGGCAAGGAGAAGGAGGUGCCUCCUGAAGAAGAGACUCUUGGUCAGCGCCGGAAGAGGCUGCAGGCUGAGCGGGAGGCGCGCGAGCGGGAGAUGACUCUCGGCGGCGGACUCGGUGGCGGGCUCGGCAUCAACCAGCCUGAAGCGCCGCCGCUGCGCAAGCAACAUAGUCUGGCAGAUGUUCUCGGCAGCCACCCAGGUAUCCAUCACGAGAACCCGGCCUUGAAGGAGCAGGCGAGGCUCCAAGAAGAGGAGCGCAAGGUUCGGGCGGCGGAGGCCAAGAUGGCUGCCGUGCGUGCGCAGAUGCCAACCAGUCUCGACAAGCCCAAGGCUCUGGCGCCAACUGGCGGGUACAUGAACGGCAAGUUCAACGAUGGUAACGGAGGUACCGCCAACAGCAGGCGCGUCAGUGGUCUUAUCGACAACGUGCAGUCGUCCAACGCCGGCGCCGGUGUCAACAUGGCACCCGGCUGGAACCGGUCCAGUAUGGCUUUCAGCAGUUACGGUGCGCCCCUGCAAAUGCCGCAACAACAGCAGCAGCCUGCAUAUGGCGGCUUGAUUGGCCAGGCUGGCAUGACCCAGAUGGCUAACAAGCCGGCGAUCGCCUCUGGCUACGGCAGUUACACCGCUGGAGGCAUGGGCGGGGCGGGUGCCAUGGGCGGGAUGAACAACAUGAACGGCAUGGGCAUGAACAUGAACAUGAACAACAUGCAGAUGAACCCGUACAGCGGCGGAAUGGGCAUGCCGAUGCAGACGCAGCCCAUGGCGAUGAACAUGGGCAUGCAACAGCAGCAAAUGACGCCGAUGCAGAUGCAGCAGAUGCAGAUGCAAAUGCAGCCCGGACAGCCGCAGUCCAUUGAGCGCUGGCGGCAGAGUAUCAUGUACUAG